GGAGCUCAAGUUCAAAUUCGUGAGACUGGAUGGUAAAAUGUCUGCCUACUGCAGCGCAUGGAAGCUGUCAAGAAGUUCUCUGAUCCCGAGCCUGGGUCGCCCACCAUCUUCCUCAUCUCCCUCCGUGGGAGGCGGGGGCCUCAACCUGACUGCUGCGUCCAGGGUGUUUCUCAUGGAGCCGCACUGGAACCCGGCCACGGAGGAACAGUGUUUCGACAGAUGCCACCGCCUGGGCCAAACCAAAGAUGUCAUCAUCACAAAGUUCAUAUCUGAGGACACGAUUGAGGAUCGUAUGCUGGACCUCCAGGAGAAAAAGAGAAUGCUGAUGCAGCAAUCUUUCAAGAAGAAACGGACGGCCACUGAGAGGAACGAACAGAGGACACGUGAUAUCAGAAACUUGAUGAACAUCUUGUGAUUCACAAAAUAAUGGACACACUGCUGUCUGUUGAAAGACCCGUACACCUUUUGGUUGUACUCUGAAUGGGAAUCUUAUGACGUAUGUGUUACAUUAACACGUAUAGGGAUAUUUAACCACGCCCUGUGGUGAACAGAGUUCACUAACAUUCCCUAGAGGCCCCUGGUGACUUCAUGGACAUAACCUUCUGAAAGAGAAAGCAUGGCGUAUGAAAGAUUCGUUAUUUUGGAAAACACCGGCAUAAAAUAUAACCGAUCGAGGCCACAGGCCGUCGUGUCUUUGCGAGUAUUAAAGAUUUU